CGUAGCUAUUUUCUUACCUGUCGUUUUUAAUUAUUUUGAGUUUUUUCAUUCAUUUAAAGGAGCCAAUUCAGUUAGCAAGUCCGAGUACAUGCAACAUAAAUUCCAUUGGAGGCUGGUUUAUUUCAGAAACCCAGUGUUGUGAAACUUUGAGCCCUCUCUUACUUCCACCCUGCACUUUAGAUGAAUUCGGUGCUGCUUUUAGGAAUCUCCACACCCGUCCUGAGUGGAAAUUUCUCCCCUGAAGAAAACCUUCACUACGCAUGUUUUUUACGGCACGACUGAGGCUGCAGGGGAGAUGCAGACGGUUUGGGGUGAGGUGACUCUAUUAUCUGCUGGAGAGGCAGGAAGGAGGAGGGUGCUGGAGGAGAGGUGGGGGUCCUUCCCAGACUCACUGGAGCCUUGCUGUAACAGCCUCAUUGAGGCUGAAUGGGACGUCUUAAUUACUCCAGUUGUGAAAACUGAAGGAGGGGAUGCAGCAUGCUUUGAUCUUCAGGUUGGGGCAUCUGCUAUAAAUACGGCCCGCUUGGAGAUGCAAUCAUAACUCUCUGACUCUUGCAAGUGAUCAUCUUGAGAAGUACCUUGCUCCGACCUGGACUCUGAGCUAAGCUUAAUUUUUUUUUUUUAAGAAAAGGACACAAAGGGAUAUUUUCUUCUUCUUCUAACCUUCAUGCAGAGAGAAACUUUACGAUCAGUGGCCAUGAAGGGACAUUUCUCCAUCGAGUGGAUGGCCCAAAGCAGUAAGCCAGCAGGGCCCGGGACUUUCCCAGCAGCUUGGGGGACGCAUUCAGAGAGUCUGCCGGGAUUUUACUGCAGGCCAAAAUCUGAAAAGCUGCUGGAAGCAGAACAGAAACACAGCCAGACUUUAAGUCAGGAAGGUCCAGAGCACCAAACAUCUCCCAGUAAUCAAGCGAUCGAGGCCGGGUUCAGCAGCAGCACUGAGGAGGAGACCUCUGGGUACGAGAGCGAAGGCGGUCAGCCCCAUUCCCCGUCCACCCACGCCACCAGCACCUCCUCCACGUCUCCACCCUCCCCACCCGUGGGCAGGAGGCCCCGCACCGCCUUCACAGCAGAGCAGAUCAGCAGCCUGGAGAGGGCAUUCAAGAGGAACGCUUACCUGGGCACACAAGACAAGGCGGAGCUCUGCAAGAAGCUCAACCUCUCUGACAAACAGAUCAGAAACUGGUUCCAGAACAGGCGGAUGAAGCUGAAGAGGACGGUGCAGGACGCCUUGGCUCACGCCUGCCAGGCCAACGUCGCCUCUCACUUCAUGCAUUACCCUGAGCUGCAGGCCUACAGGCCUGAGCCGUACCCCAGAUACCACUCAGCCCCGGCAGCGGUGGGGCCAGAGGCCAUGACUCCUGCAUCCUACAUUCAUCCCCACAGCCUUCAGUACAGCUCCCCUCUGCCCGGCACCUCCGCUCUGCCCCUGGACUCCUUCUACCAGUACAGCAGCCUCCCAGGAGUCAUGCUGCCCACUGCUGCCUCUCAUCUCAGGGGACCCUACCCACCGUACCCUCAGUACUACUGAUCAGUGGCGCUGAAAACUAACCGUACCACCAUCAGAUCUAGCAUUCCUGAAACAAAAGAAGAUAUUUUUAAACAAAACCACUGCUAUCAUGCUGUUAGGAUUAAUAGAACCAAAUGGCUUCCAUAUCCUUAAACUCUGAAGCUCAAACGUGAACUGGGUGGCGUGCAAUAAUAUGAGCAGUGCGGUAAUCUCUGCCUGUGUACAGUUUGGAUCUAUUUAAAUGUGGACUAAUGAAGCGGUUUAUUUAGGGGUGUGUUUUAAUGUGUCUGUAAAACUAAAGCUUAAUAAAGAGGGAUUAU